UCGGAAAUCCCAAACAAUCCCUUUCUAUUCCUUCUCUUUUUUUUAUGUCUUACCGAUUUUUAGGGUUUCCUUCUUCAUCUCUCUAUCUCAUCGCUUCGCUCCGCUUCGUCCAAGACCCUAAAUUUCCACUGCUACUCUCUCUCUCGGAUCUCUUCUACUAGCCGUUACCACCGUUUCCCGCCCAAUUUCAACUUCAUCAAAGCCGCCAGUUCCUCUUCCCCUUUUUUCUUUUUUCAAAAACUGACCGUUAGAUCUGCUAUUUUAAGGGAACUAAGCUAAAAAAAAAUUUGACCGUUGGAAAUGGCUGCGGUGGAGGCGGAGAAGAAGGUUGAGGUUGAGGAGGAGCAGGAGAAGAAAGAGAAAGCCGGUGAGCUUUUAUUCUGUGGCGGCACGUGUUGGGACGCGAUCGGUCGCCGCAAAGGUAGCAUCGAAGGCAACUUGGUCUCUCCGACUCGCCUUCGUCCACUCCUCGGUGUCAAUAUCCGAUUCGUCGCCACUGGUUGCGCAUCGUGUCAUUGCGUGGCGUUGGAUGUGGAAGGGCGUUGCUAUACGUGGGGGCGCAAUGAGAAAGGACAACUUGGUCACGGAGAUACACUUCAACGCGAUAGGCCGACCGUAGUUUCUGAACUUCUAAAGUACAAAGUCACCAAAGCUGCAUCAGGAAGAAGUCAUACAGUGGUGGUUACUGCAGAUGGAAAUUCCCUCUCUUUUGGCUGGAACAAACAUGGGCAGCUGGGUUCAGGCUCUGUACGGAAUGAAAUUGAGUCAUCUCCUGUUCGCUGUCUUGUGUCCGAAGUAAAAAAUACUGCUUGUGGAGCUGACUUCACUGCGUGGUUAUCUUCUGUUGAAGGAGCUUCUAUACUGACUGCAGGUCUUCCACAGUAUGGACAACUUGGGCAUGGAACGGACAAUGAGUACAACACUAAAGACAGCUCAGUGAGGCUUGCUUAUGAAGCCCAACCACGCCCUAAAGCAAUAGCUUCCCUUGCUGGGGAAACAAUCGUUAAAGUUGCAUGUGGAGCGAACCAUACAGUGGCGGUUGAUUCAAAUGGCUUUGUUUACACGUGGGGUUUUGGCGGUUAUGGAAGGCUCGGACAUAGGGAGCAGAAGGAUGAGUGGUCCCCUCGUCGUGUUGAUGUUUUUCAGAGGCACAAUGUUCUACCUCCUGAUGCAGUGGUAUCAGCUGGUUCUGUUAACUCUGCUUGCACUGCAGCUGGAGGGCAGCUGUAUAUGUGGGGCAAAAUAAAGACCACUGGUGAUGACUGGAUGUAUCCUAAACCUCUCAUGGAUUUAAGUGGUUGGAACAUACGUUGCAUGGAUUCAGGUAGUAUGCACCAUUUUGUUGGUGCUGAUUCCUCCUGCAUAAGUUGGGGUCAUGCACAAUAUGGAGAGCUGGGAUUUGGCCCUACUGGGCAGAAAUCGUCUGCAACACCAAAAAAGGUAGAUAUUCUUGAGGGCAUGCAUGUCAUCAGUGUUGCAUGUGGUUCUGGCCUUUCCAUGGUGAUUGUUGAUAGAACAAAUGCUGGUGAUCGACUUGAUCAACUUGAUGUAUAUGAUGGCAAAGGUUCUGGUGAAGGGAGUGAGGAACCUGAGAGCAAAACUGUUGCCAAGCAAACUACUAAAAAGGGUGCUGUUAAAGCUUCUAAUAACUCCAAGAAGAGGAAGAAGUCUAAAGAUUCAUCCGACUCUGAAGAUGAGGAGAGUGAUGAUGAUGACAGUGAAAAUGGUGAAGAACAGCCCAAUGGGCAGGCAGAAAAGAAAAGUCAAGGUGGGAAGGGUUCUAAUAGAGGUCAAGGUAAGGGUGCCGCUAAACCAGUGCGUGGACGGGGGCGCCCUCCUUCGGCAAACAAAAGCUCACAGCCGCCACCUCAAGCGAAAACCGGUAAAAGAGGAAGGCCUCGUAAGUCAUAAGUUGCAUAUUCUCUUCAAGUGGAAAUUUUGUCUCUCUUUGUGGAGAGGUGUACUUUAUAAUCCAUUGGCUACUGUAUUUGCAGUUCUUUUAAUUGUUUUAAAUUCUUCUUUUUAUUUUUUAACUCAUCAUCUCACUAAAAUGCGCUUGCGUAAUUGAUGAAAACAAUUCUUCUGUACUAACAUUUCAUUUUGAGGUCCUGGCAAAUUUAGAGAAUGUUAGUGGUAGCUUCUACCAUGUUCUUAACUUUGAAUGAGAUUCUCAUUUGUUUCUAUUUAAAGAAUGAUUGGUAUUUCACCCUUUCUUUUA